GCACCAUGAGGUUGAGGUUCUGUAGAACCUCCAGACUGACUGGUUCAGAACCGGGUACAGCUCUUAUUGUGAAGGUCCCACUUUUAUUGUGAAGGGGAGCUCUAAUUGUGAAAUUUCUGCUCUUAUUGUGAAGGGACAACUCUAAUUGUGAAGGUCCCGCUCUUAUUGUGAAGGGACAACUCUAAUUGUGAAGGUCCCGCUCUUAUUGUGAAGGGACAACUCUAAUUGUGAAGGUCCCUGCCAGCGGCAGCUUCUGCCUCCCUCCGUCGGAUCAGAGUUCAGCGUCCCGCCCCGGACCGAAGCGGAACCGAAGCGGAGCCAUGUCCUUCCUGCUGCCGCUGCUGAUCAGCCUCCUGCUCGGUCUGCUGUUCUGGAUCCUCCGCGGCAGAACCAGGAAACCAGGCGAGCCGCCACUGGUGAAAGGCUGGAUCCCCUUCAUAGGGAAGGCACUGGACUUCGGGAAGGACGCUCACAAGUUUCUGGAGGAACAUAGGAGGAAGCAUGGGGACGUGUUCACGGUCCAGAUCGCAGGUAAAUUCAUGACCUUCAUCAUGGACCCCCUGCUGUACCCCAGUAUCAUCAAGCAGGGCCGGCAGCUGGACUUCCAUGAGUUCACCGAUAAGGUGGCUCCUCUAACCUUCGGCUACCCUCCCGUCCUCGGCACCACCUUCCCCGGCCUCUGGGAGCAGAUUAAGCGCUCCUUCCAGCUGCUGCAGGGGGACCACUUGGCACCUCUGACAGAGAGCAUGAUGGGUAACCUGAUGCUGGUGUUCCGUCAGGACCACCUGAAUGGGGCCGGCGACUGGAGGAGAGGCAGCCUGUACGAGUUCUGCUGCUCUGUCAUGUUUGAGGCCACCUUCCUGACUAUCUAUGGCAGACCAGUGACUGGCAUCCGCCACGGAGGGAUGGACCGUCUGAGGGAUGACUUCCACAAGUUUGACAACAUGUUCCCGUUCCUCAUUGCUCAGAUUCCCAUCUGGCUGCUGGGGCGGACCCUGGCCAUCCGCCAGAAGCUGAUCUCCUACUUCCUGCCACAGCACAUGUCCCAGUGGACCAACACUUCCCAGUUCAUCCGGAGAAGAGCGGAGCUGUUUGAGCAGCAGGACAAGCUGAAGGACGUCGAUAAAGCUGCUCAUCACUUUGCUAUCCUGUGGGCGUCAGUGGGCAACACGCUUCCUGCUACCUUCUGGGCCGCCUACUUCCUGGUGAGUCAGGUGGAGGCGUUGAAGGUGGUCCGCCAGGAGAUCGUUGACGUCCUGCGGGACAGUGGUGUGGACUUCAGCACCAGCAGCGACGUCAUGCUCAGCAAAGAGCAGCUGGACAAGCUUAUCUUUCUGGGUACGUUCCAAUUCACGUUCAGGUCAGUGGUGAAGCGGGUCGAUAACGGGCCAUCUCCAUCCUCAGAGAGUGCCAUCAGUGAGAGCCUCCGCCUGUCCUCGGCCUCCAUGAACAUCCGGGUGGCCCAGGAGGACUUCAGUCUGCGGCUGGACUCCAACCGAUCAGUGGGCGUCAGGAAGGGAGACGUCAUCGCCCUGUACCCUCAGAGUCUGCACCUGGACCCUGAGGUCUACGAGGACCCACAGACGUUCCGGUUCGACCGCUUUGUGCAGGACGGCAGAGAGAAGACGGACUUCUCCAAAGACGGACAGAAGCUGCGCUACUACCUGAUGCCGUUCGGCUCCGGAUCGUCCAUGUGUCCUGGACGAUACUUUGCCAUCAACGAGAUCAAGCAGUUUGUCUGUCUGCUGCUGCUGUACUUCGACCUGCAGCUGGAGGACGGGCAGAACCGACCCGGUCUGGACCCGAGCCGAGCCGGUCUGGGAAUCCUGCUGCCCUCCUCGGAUGUCCGGUUCCGGUACAGACUGCGGUCUGUGUGACCCAAAGCGGCGCUGAAGUCCAGAUGUCUUGUUCCCUCUGAAGGUUCUCAGGGUCUGGACUCAGUCCGGAGGUUUGGGUUCUGGUUGGGUCUGUGACCCGUCCAGAACCUCCAAGCUGGAAUGUGAUGGAUCCUGAUUCUUUCGUUCAGUGUAGACCUGUUAGGAGCACCAGAACCUGAACUCUACUCUUCCUUUAACCCAGUCAGAGUUGCACUGACGACGUCCUGAACCGUCUGUCCAUCCAUCUCCGGUCUCUCCCAGGUUGUCCUCCGUAAUCCCUCUCAGGAUCAGGUCAGGUUUGACAUUCCUGAAUUGUUCCCUGUCCAACAUGGCGUCCACAGUGGGUCCCUGUCUACAAGUUGCUACUACAGGUGUCCUCAUGUCCAGUCCUUCAUGGACGACCUGUCUCCAGUCCAACAUGCCUGGUCCACCUCCUCAGUGUCCAGCCCAGUUCGGUCCAGAGAUGACCUCAUUAUUGGACUCGGGUGCUGAAACAGAGACACGUCCAGAAGCUAUUGGACACGAGGACACCUCGGGGACACCGGGAGGACUGUGACGGCGCUGCAGCAGAGAUCCUACUGGUCAGAGGGAGCAACUGCUAACAGCGCCUCCUGCUGGUCAAGCUGCAGAACUGUCCCAGAUUAAAACUGGUUCUGAUCCGAUUUGUUCUGUAAUUUUAUCCACAGUAGGAAUUUAUUUUCUGUCUCAUGUUUUAUUAACCUUAAUCCUUAUUUUAAUUCAGUGUUCAAUAUUAAACUGUAUGUUCUAUGCUGUUGUUUUACCUUCAUGUUUUAUUAGGCUGUGGUUCUUAUUGAUUUGGGUCGGAACAGACCCAGACCUUCUUCACCUAACUGUUUCUUCCAAAUAAAAACUUUUAAAUAUUA